AUGGUAGAUGAUCGUGAACGUGGGGAGGUAAGCCUCGCAUACCUUGAGUGGUUUCACAACCAGGCUAUCCCCGAGCAAAGGCCAGACAGAUCCAUACGGCAUGCAGUUGAUUGGGAGGAGGAGAUCGAGGUCAGAGUUAGAGAAACCAGAAGGGAAGUGGCACAAGAGUUUCAAUCUCGUAUUGACAUUUUACAAGAAGAUAAGAGCAUUCUGGAGACAGCCAUGGACAUACAACAGGCUGAUUUUGAGCGGGAAAAGGCUCAGUGGGCACGAGACAAGCAAGCACUCAAAGCCCAAAUUCGAAAGAAGAACAUAGUCACAACCGCUCAGCAACAAGAAGAGAGAGAAGCCCAGUUCAGGGUAGUCCGUGAUCACGAGCGUAGAGGUUUUUCUCCACUAGUCCAAGGUCUGAGGGAGCAGAUAGGGGGAGUUGAGUCAAGCAAGGAGAGCCAGAUCGCGGAGUUUGAAAUAGAAAGACACCACUACCAAAAGAUGAUCAAUCAAUUAGAAGCGGAGUCGCUCGAAGUUCGGCGCCAUAAAGAUAUGGCCUUGGACCGCGAGCGUGAUGCGCUGGAUCUAGCUGAGACCCGUGACUUGGAGAGGAUAUACCGCAAUGUUGGGGGUCCGCUGCAGGAACAAGCGCCUUGA